AUGGUGCAGCAACGUUAUACAAUAGAGGAUGGACAAAUAAGGUGGAAGUGGGGCGGCGAGUCACCGAUUCUUCAUUUGGAGGCUGCAGAACUAUGGGAGGAAUGUAUCAAUCAGCUAAAAAAUGUUCAACUAAGUAACAAAUCGGAUACUUGGCUAUGGAAACAGCGAGACUGUCGAGAGGCAUUUAAGGUGAGUUGUCUUCGAGCUGAAUUGGACGGGAUUUGCACCAUACCGGAAACACAAGUUCUUAGAUGGCUUCACUGGAUACCGAGAAAAAUCAACUGUUUUUUAUGGAGAGCGGUGUUGGAUCGUAUACCGACUAGAGACGCUUUGGCAUUGAGGAACAUAUACAUCCCGUCGACUUUAUGUGUACUUUGUAACACACAUAAUGAAUCGAUGGAUCACUUACUGAUAUCUUGUCAAUACUCUCAUCUUGUAUGGACGGUGAUCUCGUUAUGGGUCAAAAUCCCCCUUCCGAGGUACCUUAUCAGUAUAGUCGGGUUACUAGAACAUAUUGACACACACAGUGCGUCCAAAGAAAAGAAGAAGGCGGUUUAUCUAAUCAUCGCGGCGACAUGCUGGACCCUAUGGCGGAUCAGAAAUAACGUGAUUUUUAACGGCAAGGCAACUCAGAUUUCUCGAGCUAUCAGCGACAUCAAGGCACUCUCUUAUUUAUGGAUUAAAGCAAGGGCUGGAUUCGUGGAUUUAGAGUGGAAAGAAUGGGUUGAAUUUAAGUAUUUCAAAUGA